CCUAGGAUCACAGGAAGAGCAAUGCGUGUGAAGACCUGGAGCAGAUUCUUGAACACCAUAGAGGUUUCUCUUCGUCGACGUUUUGUUGUUGCUGUUGUUGUUGUUGUUCUGUCAAUUACUACAUCUUCUUUACUUGGAAGAACUGACACGCACAAAUUUUUUGACAGGGGUAAAAUAUAUUCAGCCGCAUCCAUUGAUCGGGGAAGCGCACUGGUUUCAUCGCUAACUUAAGUUGUUCGCUAGAUAGCAAAGGAAGUGCACGGCUAAAAUUUCGACUGCAGUAAACUUAAUUGAAUAAACUAUACGAUAUAGCAUAUCAAUACGCAGGCGGCCUCGUGAGAAUCAUACGCACCAAGAGUAAAAACGAGUUUCGAUGAAAUGCAUCAAGGGAGCACUCGAGACCGUAUAUCUUCAGUGACGAUCUUCCGUUCCUCUUUUUACUGUGAUGGCUGUGUCGGACGCCGCAACGAGUUUUUACGUGCUGAUGCCUGUGUGACUGGUCAAAAACCAAAAUGCUUUCGAUGACAGCGGCUCGCCUGUGUCCAGAUUCGGCAUUUGUUACUUACUAAUCGUUCGCUUUGUGAUUCUCUUUUUCAGAGCGGCCUUGCGGAUGGUCAGUAAUUCAGUCAUGAUCAGCCUGCCAAUAACUCGCAUCGGUGGAUGAAACAUUGUAUUGUUUCAACUAUACUAUGUCCAAUCUGUCCCUGUGCCACAUAGAGUAGAAUAGAUUUGUUCCUUAGUCAGGGCUAAUGUAUGAUGAAAUUUGACAGCAUGAUAAAAAUCACAGCAGCAGCAGCAACAACAGUUGUGAAGAUAAAACGUUGACCCUUGGAAAGCUUUCGACAGAAUCGUCGACACCGUCAUUCUAAAUAGCCGUCCGCCAACAAUUAUGAAGCACUGUGGCAAACUUACGCCUAUGCCGUGGCCUAACGGUCAGUGCCUGCCCAUGGUGGCAGCACUAUCUAACACUUUUGGCGGUUAUGCUUUAUCUCGCGGCCUUCCUUGUCGGGCAAGAAAAAAGUGACUUUAGCUUUAAGGAAACGAUACAGCGGAACGCACUACGUUUCGGUGGCAGCGUGGGCCGUUGCUGCCACUGCCGUUUGACAGAGCUUUCCCAUUCAUUAUUAGAUUAGCAAUCAUACUUAAAUCGAGCAUUCCGCACGAGCGUCGAAGAUAUCUACCAUUAACUAAAGUAAAAUUGUGUAAGGGCUUGUUUGUGUAAACGGGCCAAUACCGUCAUACGUGUCUUAUGGGUGAGGACUGGAACAAAUAUGGCAAAUGUAAUAGUGUGCAUUGUUUGUGAAUGACUUCAGGCACCGAUCAAGCGACGGCCAGGCGAGACCAGAAUCGGGCUCAGCCGGAACAGAAGCGCACAGAACCCCUGACCUAGUGCCCAUUUAAACGAAUAAUGAUGAACGACCUAGCCAGUUUCGGCGCAGCUAUACUGAUCAUACUUUUGUAUGCCGCUGACUACGGAGGAGCCGUUGUAUGUGAUUUCCAGGAGUACGAAACGUGCACAAAUCGAUUCCUCGAACGCGACUUCACGUACUUCGAGGAGGUGAUCAAAUUGUACCCGCGUCGCCGACUACGAAUCGAUGCCACUGAGAUUGCCCAGUUUUGCUCAGGCUUCCAAGAACUAGUUCAAUGCAUCGUGAUACAAUAUGUUAACUGCAAUGCUCCGGACGCAGAAAAGGAAAAGGUGAUCCGCGCCAUGGUAAAUGUGCUAAAACUGUGGUGCAACGAGGAAGAUCGAAGUAUUAUCCAGACGGCGCUUCAACAUGCCCACUGCUAUCUCGGAGCGGAGGAAAGGUGCCGAUCUUCUAAUGUGACAAUGUUCACCUGGAAGGAGAUCCUGCGUUUUGAGCGUCUCUUAGAUCGUCGACAUACGUGUAACGCUCUGAUCGAGCAUGGCAGUUGCAUACUGAGGGAGUACAAUGGACAACGCUGCUCCAGCUGGUUAGGACGAACUGCGCUAGACAAAACGAUUCGGAGUUGGGGUGGGACAUACUGUUCUUCGGCUCCUGGGCCAAAACGCGGAUGCAGGACGUGGACGACCUUCAUCUACGUGUUGCUAACUUUAUGUAUAACAAUGACAACUGACCUCAAGUUCGAAGUGAGGUGCGCUCCGCCAUCAUUCAUCGGUCGCACCGUUUUUUUUGACAGGUAGUAUUAGUAGAUUGAAGAGUUCGAUAUGUAACUAGAGAUGGCAGAAAGUUUCAAUUUUUAGCAAGUUGGAGUUAAAGAAGUUUUUGUGUUAAAAAUGUUCACGGGUGAAACGAUCCGAAUUUUUAAUAUAUUGUGGCAUAUCAUGUCCUCUCGUAGCUGUAUGAUGGUGUGCCUCUUAACAAUCACAUUGGUUAGAAUGAUUGGUAAACGGUAAGUCAAACAGGUGUUAUCAUUGUUGAAAGUUAGUCUGUCUGUACGUGCUAUGUGACCGAAAGACGACUCACGCCCGCGGAACGUAUUGCAGCAAAAUGUAAAUUUGUUUGAUCUUUAGUUAUAUCGAACACUUAUCUAUAUGAACUGAAGUAGUGGACGCUAAAUAGAAUAUUUGUUUACUUCAAUGUAAGUUCUGAUUAUGUUGAUUAAUGAAUCUCCUAAAUCCGCCUCGUGAAGUAUCUCCGUGUUGCAAAAAUAAAUAUAUCUUAGCUUGGGUUCGUAUUCCGUGAAGACUUUUUCUUCCCGCAUAGAACCGAC